CGCGUGUCAAUUGGUUUGUCCCCGUUCUUCUUCACAUGUUGGUCUCGUGACGAUGAUGGAACGUAAGACGAUUUUGGCCAGUAGCUGUCUUGUCAUCGGCCCGAGACCUCAUGGAUGCUGCAGGCAGUCUGCUUGGAUUGUUGGUGUGGAGUUGCGCCGUGGUCUGCGUGCACGGCAGCAAUUGGACCUGCACUCCACCACCUGGGUCUUCAUGUUUUAGCAGCAAUAUCAGCUUUCUCGCCAAUCCUGGGCCUCGGCAGUUGCUCGACAAAAGCGACGCUGCGCGCACGAUUGCGUUCACCAUCGUGCAGGGCAAGAAGGCAUGCCAAGAAUUCCCCGGCUUCCUCUGGUACUUCGCCAACAGCACCGCGGAGACGCCGCUGGGCGGCCUGGACGUGUACGCCCUCGACGACGAGGGGUUGCGCUGCGUCCAGAACCUGACGGAGGCGCACCCGGGCUACGUCCGGCGCGUCGUGAGCCUGGUCUCGCCCGAGAGUCAGGUCAGAGCCAAGUUCAGACCUGCACGAGCCAGCGGCGACAGUGCCGCCAGCGCCAGUGGCGCGCGGCCCCGGCGGCUCUGGCCCUCCAACGUGUACCAGUACAUUAUAUGGGUCAUCUUCGAGGAGCUUAUGGCCCAGGGGAUGCACGUCAUACAUUUCGACACCGACGUCAUUAUUCUUAGGGACUUGUGGACGAACCUCGUGUCGCCGGUGCGCUCGGGGUACGACAUCAUCACGACAUGCGACAAAUUCGGUCCUGGGUCUGAUAGGGGCUGUUCGUUUAAUCCAGCCGUCAUGUUCAUGAGACACGGUGAAGCAGUUCAAUCGAUGCUCUCGUGGAUUAUGCAGCUUUGGGACACUAGUUGGCUGGAUCCCCAAACUCACCAGAUGCCCAUGAAGAUUGUGAGAAGGUCUAUAGGUUCAACUCACGAUCUCUCCGAUAUGUUUGUCAUGAAUCGAUAUCGCAAGCUUUGCUUGAUAUCCGCCAACCUGGCGGUCACUCAAGGGAAUGAACAAUUCUUGAAGAUUACGUCUUUCCGUCGAUGAUGAUGUAUCGCAGUCUGUAUUAGUCGGCUCAUCGUGUUGAACGGUGUACAAGCGUAUACACGAACGAUCUCCGCAAGUGCUUGCCGUGGAGAGAGCGUGGAGGCCCCCUCCUGGAGCACAAGCGACCGAUGGGGCUCGAGAGGUGGAUGAGAACGAG